AGUUCCUAAGAUUCUAGAAAGGUUGCGUAAUUCAAGUUAUCGAAUCUAAUUUCGAAUAAUGAGAAAGAGUUCUUUUUUUUUCUUUUUUUGGGAUGAAACAGUUAUAUUUUUUCUCCUUCAAAUUAUUUUAUCAAAUAAUUGUGAUUUCUUAUGAAAAAUGUUACACGUUACUUACUGUAUAAACUAUUGAUGGUCAUUAUUAUGAUGAAAUCAUAAAUGCAAGCUAUGAAAUGGAUUUAUUACUAUUUUUUACUACUCUUCUUCGUUACUUCUUAAUACAACACAUAAUGACAUAUAUACACAUCUGUUUACACACAUAUAUAAUAUACGAGCUAAAAGCCACGUGUAUAUCGCGCCAAGAAGUGUAUAUAUAUAUAUCAUAUAUUAUAUAUAUAUAUGUUACAUGACACGUAUAUACAGUCGGGUAAAGAUAGAAUGUAUUCUUAUCUAUUCCACAAUUUUGAGUAUUGUACAGAAAUAUGGACGAUGAGAGGUUUAUGACAUACAAAAAUUUCAUUUAUUGUUAAGAUAUAAUUAGAAUAUUUCAUUUUUUCUAAAGAAACACGCGCUCUGUGUUCACUAGAUGCAAUAUAGACUUCUGAAGUCUGGAAAUGAGAAAGUCUAUGAGAAUGUAUCAUCAUCCAGUACGAAGAAAAGUACCAGUCAACUUGGGAGAAAAUAUUUUAUAAUAGUUGCUUUACUUGGUGCAUUAUUCCUUGGUUAUAUUGCAAUAGCUAAUGAUUUAAAGCCAAUAAGAAUUGGUAGUAAAGUUAUUGACACAUUAGCAUUUUCAUUAAAUAUACAAAAGCCUUUUUAUGUUGUUAUCAUUGAUGCUGGAUCUACUGGUAGUCGUGUAUUAGCAUUUAGUUUCCAUGAGUCAAUUCUAAAUCGUCAUCUAGUACUAGAUGCUGAAUUAUAUAGUGAUACUAAACCUGGAUUAAGUGCAUUUGCUGACGAUCCUAAAUUUGCUGCUAAAUCUCUUAUUAAAUUGUUGGACAAAGCAAAGACAGUUAUACCACAAUCAGAAUGGGUUAAUACACCGCUUAGUAUGAAGGCUACUGCUGGCCUUAGAUUACUACCUGGACAUAAAGCAAAUAAUAUACUUGAAGAAUGUAGUAAACUUUUUGAAUCAUCCGGCUUUAAGGUAUCCAAAAAUGCUAUUUCUAUAAUGGACGGAGCCAGUGAAGGAAUUUUUUCUUGGUUUACUGUAAAUUUCUUAUUGGAUAAACUUAAUUCCCAUACAUCUGAAAACACAGUAGCUGCACUUGAUCUUGGAGGGGGCUCUACGCAAGUAACAUUUGCACCAAAUAAAAUGCAAGCAAAAGAAUUGAAAGAACAUGUCUAUGCUAUUAAUGCCUUUAGUCAUAAUAUGAGUGUAUAUACGCAUAGUUAUUUAGGAAUGGGUUUAAUGGCAGCUAGAAAAGAAAUUUUGAUGCAUGGAAUGAAUAUAAAAAAUACUACUGACAAAGGCCCAAUAGUAAUCAGAUCAGAAUGCAUAAAUCCAAUUGUAAAUACUGAAUGGAGUUAUGGAGGAAAAAAUUAUAUAGUUAAAGGACCUGUUAAUGGAACACUUAAAACAGUUAAGACGCAAAAUUUUGCAGGAGGUGAUGAGAAUAGACCGAUUGUAAGAUUUUCAGAAUGCUUAAAGAUUAUAGAAAAAUAUGUCAAUACAAUAAGCAAUAAGCCGAUAGGACUAAACACUCAUGAAAUAUAUGCUUUUUCUUAUUACUUUGAACGCGCGACUGAGGUAGGUUUAAUAGAUCCCUUCACUGGUGGUGCUAUACACUUAGGUGCUUUUUUGAAACAAGCUACGGAAACUUGUGAUUAUCCUAAUACAGAUCAACCAUUUAUGUGCUUGGAUUUGACAUUUAUUUAUGUCUUGUUACAUAAUGGUUUUGGCUUAGAUCCUUCUACAAGGUUAUUUUUGUAUAAGAAAAUCAAUGGACAUGAAUUAAGUUGGGCUUUAGGAGCUGCCUUUAAUGUAUUACAAAAUGGUCUUUAACGUUUAUAGGAAAUAUAAUAUUAAUAGAUGGAAAAUUAGUGAAAUAGAACAAUUAUCAAUUUUUAGUAAAAGUAUUGAAUAUAGUUGAUAUCAGCAAAUUUUAAUAUGCAAGACAAGUCUUACAAAAUAUAAUUUAUAGUGACUUUACAAUGGAAAACUAUAGAUUAUUAAUAUUAUAUUCCUAAUAAAUAUUAAUAUUAAGAUUUUUAUUUUCAUAAUAUUAUGACUUAUUCAAUACAAAUUUUAACAUUGACAAGUGAAUUUAAAUGCUUCGUUUAUCAUAUGAAAUUGUUUAUUUUAUAAUAAUAAUAUUUUUUUCAUCUAAUUAUUGUUUUAAACUGUAGUAUUUCAAAUUUAAAUUAUUAGCUUUAAAGUCAAGGCUGUUUUAUAAAUGAAGAAUGAUAUAUGAUCAGUGAUAUACACACUCUACAUACGCACAAAUAUGAAUAAUGUUAUAAUGUUACUCUAAUAGUAAUAAAAUAAUUUUAAAUAGAAACGUUA